CUUCCAGCACACUGAUAGUGUGGCGUGUGCUGUGACCAUGUUUCUCUCUCCAGUGGCAGGUCAGAAAACCCACUGGUGUUUCACAGCAACCUGAGGAUGGAGUUUGCCGAAUAGGUCAAGCUGUUUUGUCUCCUUCUUCUUCUGGAUUUCCCUCUGAAUCGGAGACCGCUGGCAGAUGCUGGUAGACCAUGUGGAGGUUGCUGUCACUCGGACUUAUUUGGUUGUGCUGCGUCUUUCGGGAAAGCAUUGGCAUCACCAGACGAUAUUACAUUGGAGCCGUGGAGAAGGAAUGGAACUAUAGGCCCGACAGACAGAAUGGGUUGUCUUCCCCUAACCCAGGCUCUCAAUAUAAGAAGGCAAUUUAUUUGGAAUACACAGAUUCUACAUUCAGAGAAGUAAAACCCAAACCUGUUUGGAUGGGUCUUCUGGGCCCCAUCGUCCAAGCCGAAGUCUAUGACAAGGUGGUUGUGACCUUUAAGAAUAUGGCUUCCCGUCCCUUCAAUAUUCAUGCCAAAGGGGUAUCUUACUGGAAAUCUUCUGAAGGGGCAGGCUAUGAUGAUUUCACCAGCCAGCUAGAGAAAGAAGAUGAUGCUGUAGAACCUGGUCACAUCCAUGUCUAUGUGUGGGAGAUUUUAGAAGAUCAAGGGCCAACUGAAUCGGACACACACUGCUUAACUUAUGCCUACUCCUCCCAUGUGGACAGCGUCAAGGAUAUUAAUUCUGGAUUGAUUGGACCACUGCUGGUCUGUAAGCCAGGAGCUUUGAUGAGUAUAAACUCCGGGGGCAAAAUACAAGAAUUUGUGCUGCUGUUUUCUGUAUUUGACGAAGACAAGAGCUGGUAUUCUCACUCUCACAUCAGAGGAAACUCAAAGUCUCCAUCGACUCAACAUCUGUUUCAUACCAUCAAUGGGUUCACUCAUUCGUCUCUGCCUGAUCUCAAGCUGUGUGAGAAGAGGCCUGUUUAUUGGUAUGUCAUUAGCCUGGGCACCCGGCCUGAAGUUCACUCCAUACUUCUUGAGGGUCACAGUUUCUUGGUGAGAGAACAUCGGCUUGCCACUCUGGACAUCUCCCCCGCUGUUUUCCUCACUGCCGAGACCACACCCAGAACCAACGGCACAUUUCGGAUGUUCUGCCAGAUCCCAUCACACCAGCAAGCUGGCAUGGAAGCCUUAAUUCAAGUGGACAUUUGUCCAGAACUUAUUCAGAAGAAGCUGAGGAUGGCAGAACCGUCUCCAAGUGAGGACUAUUAUGAUGAAUACGAGGAAGAGGAUAUGGAAAGCACGGUGAUAGACUUGGAUGAGUUUUCCCCCAGGAUUGCUGGACGUUCUCGGGCCAAAAGACUACCUGUGACCUGGAUGCAUUAUAUUGCUGCAGAGGAAGGUGAUUGGGACUACGCCCCAGUGAAGCCCACUCACCUGGACAGCACCUAUAGCAAAUCUCUGGAAAAUGGCCCCCAGCGGAUCGGGUCCAAGUAUAAAAAAGCCAUGUUUGUGGAAUACGAGGAUGUGACUUUCAACAAGCGGAAGGCAACCAAACCAGAUCAUUUGGGCCUCCUGGGACCUGUUCUCAAAGGAGAAGUUGGCGACGAGUUUAUUAUUGUGUUUAAGAAUUUGGCCAGCCGGCCAUACAACAUUUACCCUCAUGGAAUCACCAAUGUCACUUCAUUCCAUCCUCUCGGAAGUCCUCGACAUCAGAAUAUGAAGGUGAUACCAGUACGACCCAAACAGGUGUUCACGUACAGGUGGAAGAUCAUGCCAGGGGACGGCCCGUCCAGAUCUGAUCCUAGUUGCCUGACUCGCUACUAUUACAGCUCAAUCAAACCGGCUAAAGACUUGGCAUCUGGGCUUAUUGGACCCCUCCUGAUCUGUUUCAAAGAAACCAUGGAUCAAAGAGGGAAUCAGAUGAUUGCUGAUGAAGCAAGAUUCGUGCUGUUUUCUGUCUUUAAUGAAAAUUGGAGCUGGUACUUGUCAGAGAACAUCAAGCGAUUUUGUUCCGAUGCAGCCAACGUUAAUCCCCAAGACCCUGAAUUCUAUGCAUCCAACUUCAUGUACAGUAUCAAUGGGUAUGUCUUUGAUAAUCUUCAAAUGAAACUCUGCCAGAACCAAGUGGUAUAUUGGUAUGUCCUGAAUGUGGGUGCCCAGAGUGAGAUCAUCUCUGUGUUUUUCUCCGGAAACACUUUUAAGCACAACACUAUCUCGGAAGAGGUCCUGGCUAUCUACCCCUUCUCUGGAGAGACGGUUAUCAUGUCCAUGGACAAUCCAGGCAAAUGGAUUCUGGGAUGUUUGAAUCCUAAUUUUCGAAAACAAGGAAUGAGAGCUAAGUUAAGUAUUUUUGUAUGUCGCCAAGAAGAGUAUGUUGGCGAGGACUACGAAGACUACUAUGAAGAAGGCAUUCCGUCGGAUUAUAUUGGCGAAGCCAAUACCCUACAGGUGAGAGGUUUCUCCAAGACAAGUAGACGUCUCCAACUAUGCCCAAAUGGUACCUCACGUUCAGAAGAUGAAAGGCUGAUGUGCCUUGAGCAAUCUAGCCAUCUUCUCAAAGACAACCAUCCCAGGAAUUCCACUGACCCACUCAUCUCUCCAGGGGAACCCUUACCCCUAGGUGAACCCUUGUUUGACAUCUUACCCAGGGACGCUUUCCCCAUAGAAGAACAAUCGCCUCUACAGAAGCAAAGUUUUGAAGAGUUUUCUCCUUCAGAAAAGUCACCACUUGCCCAGGAAAUCUCACAUCACGGUAACCUUUCGUUAGCAAGUUCAGCCAAUCUGGAUAGAAAAGCUCUCGAUGCAGGAAGCGAUGGUGGUGGAAACUCUACAGCUGUACGUGAACUUCUUUCCCUUGGUAACAAUGAUAUUCAUACAGUGCCCCACAACGAAGCAAUCAACGCAAAACCUCUGAGGAAGACCCUCCAGGAUAAUAAGAGGGAGAAGGUUAUGGAACUGAAGGUAAAUUCAACUGUUGGCUUGCCAAAUCUUUUGAGCGGACAACAUGCCUUGUUUCCAAAGAGAGAGGAGGCAACGGGUUCUGAUAAAUGGACUGAUAUUAUGGACAGAUCCCUCCAUGUUAAUGAUAUUGAAAAUGAUAAUGAUAGAUUCUCUAUAAAUCCCUCUUCUACUAACACGGGAAGAGAUAGCUUGCCUCUCCCAGGAGAUUUUCAAGAAACAAACCAAGACAAGCAUCUCUCAGGAAAAGAAUCUUUGCCCAGGUUCAACUCUGCACCCAGUGUCGCAAAUUCCCAUGGAGCCCUGAACGUAUUUGUGGAGCAAAAUGUCACACAAAGUAGAUCGAUUUUAAGGAUUCCCCAGGUAAAUUUAUCUGGGGAAAGGGAUAUUUUACACCUAGAAGGAAACUCUCCAUCUCAGCUAGUUGGCCUGGAGAAGAGUGUAAGUUCUAACCCAGAAGAGAGUCGGUCAAAACUAAACCAAGAGAACCCAGAAAUGACAACACGUGGGACCAAGUCAACGGCCUGUCAACAGCAUUCCCAUGGUUGCAAGAGACACUUGGGAGAAAGGUCUGCGAAAUCACAGGAAGGCCCGUUGGUUGAAAUAGGCGCUAGAGUGGAUAUCGAAGCAAAAACGUCUAGCGAGAUUGAUGCGAGAGUUCAGCCAUUGCUCAACUUCCUUAGGGCAAGCAGUAAGACUGAGUCUUCCGUAACGGGACCUCCCUUAACAGGUAGAGCAAAAGGAGCUUAUCCGAUAACAAAUGAUGGCAGAACCACAGCUUCGUAUUAUUCUCUACGGAACAUCAUCCAAUAUAAUCAAAGCUUAUCCCCAGCGAUGAAGAAUGUAAUCAACACCACUGUGAUUCCUCAUCAUUUUAGAACAGAAACAAGAGGCCAUCAUAUGGAAGCAAAGCAAAGGCCGACUUCAAAUGGUUUUGCAGAAGGAAAUAUUUCAGAAGUCAAUGUUCUUUUUCCAAAAAAUACAGAACCGGCAUACACAUCUGGCCCAUUUAGCUCUCCCAAAGAUGCCCCAAUAAAGAGACAAGCUGGCCCAGAAGUUUUUUUGCAGCUGCACUUAAGGAACUCUAGUGGAGAUCAAGAACAAACAUUAAGAAAUGAAUCUUUGAUGGCUAUCAUUAAAAGAGAGAAAACCUCACUACAACAAACCCCAUCAGCCAAUGAUACGCUCUCUCAAGACCUUCCAGCAUCCAGCCAGAACAUUCAAGGACAGCCGUUGAAGGACAUCAAUAGCUCAAAAGAAAUCAAUGGGUUUAAUGAUGAACAAAGUCCUAGCUCAAGAGAUGAAACAGCAGUAUUGAAAGGGAAGGAAGAAGUGGGAAUCCCACUCAGCAAGGAUUCAGGGGCUGAGUUUCAUGUGAAGGUCUCCAGAACCUCCUUAGAUGUCAACCAACCCACAGGAGGAAACUUCUCAAGACCUGUGAAAGAGAAAUCCGACUACGAUGAAUAUAGCAAUACAGAGGAGACCAAGGAGGAUUUCGAUAUCUAUGAAGACGAACAGGAUCCACGUAUGUUCACUGGGAAAAUCCGACAAUAUUACAUUGCUGCGGUUGAGGUGACGUGGGAUUAUGGUGGCUCUAUCCCCUCCCCAUAUCUAAGAGACAAUGAUCCAAGGACCAGCUGGAGGAAGCUCUCUAGAAGUUAUAAGAAAGUUGUUUUCCAAGAAUAUUUUGACAGCACUUUUACCCGACAGAUACUCCGUGGAGAGCUAGAUGAACAUUUGGGUAUUCUGGGACCAUUCAUCCGUGGACAAAUUGAAGAUACAAUUGUGGUGACUUUCAAGAACAUGGCUUCCCGACCUUAUUCUUUCCAUUCUAACUUACUGCCAUACGAAGGCAGCCAGGAAGAUGGAGAACACCGGAGGCCCGAAGCUGUUCAGCCAAACCAGGUUCGCCAAUAUUCCCUCAAGGUGCUGUCUGAAAUGGCUCCUAGUACCAGUGAAUUUGACUGCAAAGCAUGGGCCUACUUUUCCAGCGUUAAUCUGGAAAAAGACCUGCAUUCUGGACUUAUUGGGCCUCUAAUCAUUUGCCGGGCUGCGAUUCUUCGCACCACACAUGUCAGACAAUUGGCUAUUCAAGAAUUCUCCUUACUUUUCACCAUCUUUGAUGAAACGAAGAGCUGGUAUUUUGCUGAGAACUUUGAAAGGAGCUGCCCGUCUCCUUGCCAAAUCCAGAUGGACGAUCCUGUCCUUAAAAGCAACCACACCUUCUACGCUAUCAAUGGCCACGUGAGAGACACGUUGCCAGGCCUGGUGAUGGGUUUACAUCAGCGGGUCAGGUGGUAUCUGCUGAAUGCAGGUGGUGUUGAAGACAUCCACGCUGUCCACUUCCAUGGACAGGUGUUCACCAUCCGAAUGGCUGAGGAGUACCGUUUGGCCACCUACAACCUCUUCCCUGGUGCCUUUGAGACGGUGGAAAUGAGACCAUCCCAUCCCGGGAUUUGGCGAGUGGAAUGUGCAGUUAGUGAGCACGAACAGGCGGGCAUGAGUGCCCUCUUCCUCGUGUACAACAAAGAUUGCCAGAGUCCUCUGGGCUUAGCGGCUGGAUAUAUUGCUGACUCUCAGAUCACGGCUUCAGAACACUAUGGUGGGUGGGUCCCCAGUCUGGCCAGAUUGGACAACUCUGGGUCAAUCAAUGCUUGGAGGAGUGACCAAAAGAACUCCUGGAUCCAGGUGGACUUGCUCCAACCCAAGAUCAUCCAUGGAAUCAAGACCCAAGGAGCUCGGCAGAAAUUAUCCAACUAUUACAUCUCCCAGUUUGUCAUUUUCUAUAGUCUGGAUGGCGAGAAUUGGAAAAGUUAUAAAGGCAAUUCUACCAGCUCUCAAAUGACAUUUUCUGGAAACGUGGAUGGAGUCAGCGUGAAAGACAAUGCCUUCGACCCUCCCAUUGUAGCCCGUUAUCUCCGUCUCCACCCAACGCACUUCAACUUUCGCAACACCUUGAGGAUGGAGCUGUUAGGCUGUGACCUGAACAGCUGUUCCAUGCCACUAGGAAUGGAGAGCAAAUCCAUUCCCAAUGAACAGAUUACUGCCUCCUCUUGGGUUGACAAUGCAUUUGCUACUUGGUCUCCUUUUCUGGCCCGGCUCAAUUUGAAAGGGAGAAUAAAUGCAUGGAGACCAAAGGUCGACAGCACAGCCGAGUGGCUUCAGGUGAACUUUAAGAAGAUCGUACGGGUGACAGGAUUAAUAACUCAAGGCGCCAAGUCUGUCUUCACCCAUAUGUAUGUAAAGGAGUUCAGUCUUUCCACCAGCAUGGAUGGACAAAACUGGACAUCCGUCCUUCAACAUGGGGAGAAACAGGUUUUCCAGGGAAACCACGAUUAUUUCCAGCCCAUGAUGAACUUUCUGGAUGUCCCAUUCUUUGCCAAAUAUUUGAGGAUACACCCACUCAAGUGGAACAAGUAUAUUGCACUGAGGAUGGAGGUCUUGGGCUGCGACACUGAGCAGAUGGACUACUAGUCAAGAUGAAACCCGUCUUUGGCUUUUGCCGCCAACGCUCAAACAAGGAGGGGUCUUCUCCUGCGCGGCCCACCACAACGUAUUUAUCAUCGUAAAAUAAACUUCCAUUACCCUUG